AUGGCCUCGACUUCCAUACCGGCCGCUGCGCCAUCGUUUGAAAUAAUCUCAUCCCUCCGAUAUGAUCCUGCCCUGCCAAACGUGACCUCUCACGGUGCGAAUGAUGAGAGCUAUCCAGCCCCAGCGGACUCGCCUUAUUACCUCCUCUCCUACCACCGAGACCGACUGCUUAACGCUGCGCAUCAUUUUGAAUGGGACCAUGCGAUAGACUUUCUACGACAAGAUCUAGACCGUUUCGAGAGAUUUCUGGACGGCUCAAUACCCGACAGGGAGAAGCCAUGGCGGUUGCGAAUCGCGGUGGAUUGCAAUGGCAAGGGCUCGGUCGAGGUCAAUCCUACUGUAGCGAUUGACCCUUUGAACCUAUUAAUCCCUUCCCUCCACCGCGAUAUACAACCCACCAUUUGGAAGGUCUUUGUUGAUUCACAAUCCAUAGCCCCAUCUGGCUUCACAACACACAAAACUACCGCCCGAGACGAUUACACAGCCGCUCGCGUGCGCGCGGGAAUCACCUCUCCGGCAGAGACAUCUGAGGUUUUAGUAGUAAACUCAGACGGAGAAAUUAUGGAAGGAAGCAUUACCACGCCCUACUUUCGACGGCGCAUCGUGGGCAGGGAGACCGACGCAAAUGAGGCAGUUUGGGUCACUCCGCCAUUGAAAAGUGGUGGAAAUGCAGGCACAAGUAGGAGAUAUGCCUUGACUCAAGGAUUUUGUAUAGAGCAAGUGAUCACCAAGGCCGACCUGGUAGAUGGUGAGGAGUGCUGGCUCAGUAAUGGAGUACGUGGGUUCAUUCGCGGCGUGGUCGUCUUGAGUCGAUAA